GCCCUCUCCGCUGCCGCCCACGAUCCCCAUCCCGCCGUUGUCUGUGCCGACGUACCUGCAGCUCGAGCUGUCGUCCGGCCGACCUUCCCCUCUGUAUAUUCACCGCACUGCGAUGAGCGACUUCCCGUACGAGUCGUCCCGCGUGAAGCUGGAGCGGCUGAUGAAUUUCCUGAUCCUACCGCCGGCGUUGGAGCAGGUCCUCUGGUUUGGGACCCUGGCGUGUCUGGAUUCGUGGCUCUACUCAUUUACCAUCCUCCCGCUGCGCUUUGCCAAAGCGCUGUACAUAUUGUUGGAGUCCUGGGUGGUCAACCUAGGCGUGGAAUUCCGGUACGUUUCCGGGUUUGUGGUCAAGGGUGUAGGGCGGGUGUGGCGCAGGCGCAACAACGCACCGGCGGACAACACCAGCCAGGAGAUGCCUCGAAGCUCCGAGCCAGGACCGCGGCGGUCGCGGACAGCGUCCAUGAAACAGGAUGUACCCAUCGAACGGCCCGUCAAGAUCAAAGCGACGGAACCGAGGCGGCGUCGUACAGACACCCAGUUCCGUCCGCAACAUCGGCGGCAAAAGUCCAUCCCCUCGGCGCUGAUGCCCGACGACAAGGCGGACAUCCUCAAGGGCCUGCUGAUGAUCGCCACCUGUGUCGUGCUGAUGUACUUUGACGCCAGUCGCAUGUACCACUGGAUCCGGGGACAGGCCGCCAUCAAACUUUACGUGAUCUACAACGUGCUCGAAGUGAGCGACCGCCUCUUUGCCGCCAUUGGACAGGACGUGCUCGAGUGUCUUUUCUCGCGCGAGGCGCUGGAGCGUCGGCCCGACGGGCGCAGCAAAGUGUUCCGGCCGUUCGGGCUGUUUCUUCUAGCGCUGGGGUACACGGUGACGCACGCGACGUCGCUGUUCUACCAAGUCAUGACGUUGAAUGUAGCCGUGAACUCGUACUCGAACGCGCUAAUCACGCUACUACUCUCGAAUCAGUUCGUGGAGAUCAAGUCGACGGUGUUCAAGAAGUUCGAGAAAGAGAACCUGUUCCAGCUGACCUGCGCGGACGUAGUCGAGCGGUUCCAGUUGUGGCUGAUGUUGACGAUCAUCGCAUCGCGGAAUAUCGUCGAGACGGGGGCGCUGAACUUCAUCGGCGAGCUGGGCACCAGCUUCAGCGGGCAGGCGUCGACCAGCACCAACAGCACGCCGAUGUCUACACCACCGCGCAUGGCCUCAUCUAUCCUCCCACAGUCAUUCACCAUCGUACCAUCUUCAAUCAUCGCCUCCUUCAGCCACGUCAACUCCUUCCUCCCAACUCUCGCCCAAGUCCUGGGACCAUUCCUCGUGGUCCUGGGCUCCGAAAUGCUAGUCGACUGGCUCAAGCACGCCUACAUCAAUAAAUUCAACAACACCCGCCCAGCAAUGUAUCACCGCUUCCUCGACAUUCUCGCCAAAGACUACUACACGAACGCCUUCGGCGACCCGAACCUCAUGCGCCGAGUUGGCCUCCCCGUCAUCCCGCUCUCCUGCCUCUUCUUCCGCGUCUCCGUGCAAACCUACCAAAUGUUCCUGACAGCCCUCCUCCCACAACAACCCUCCUCCACAGCCGCAGACUCCACCUCCCUCUCCUCCAUCCACAGCCACUAUGCGCCGUCGCCGCAGCCCUCCCUCCCGCCACUCACACUGCGCACGAUCCUCCCCGCCUCCGCCGCCCACGCGGGUGCCUUCUUCCGCCAGCUGCUCGCAAACGCGAUCCCCACUCCCGCCCAAUCAGUCUACAUCUUCACCGCCGUGCUCCUCCUAACAGGCUUCGUCCUCCUCCUAAUCAUCAAGCUCCUCCUCGGAAUGCUCCUCCUGACGUGGUCCCGCGGACGAUACAAAUCAAUGAAGCAGCGCGAGCGCGAGCGCGAACACAACACAGACAUGCCCCCACCACCACCGCCCUCGCAGCCACAACAGCAACAACCUCCCCCAGACCACGGCAAUGCGCCCCGCGGUCGAGAAUACGCCGUCGAAGGCAGCCGACGAGUCGGCGGGUGGGGCGUGGUAGAAGUGAACGACGACCACCGGAGGUGGAUCUAUGCUGAUGAUCCCGCGGCGCUCAAGCGGUUGAAGGCGCGUGAGGAGAAGGAGAGGAGUGGACGGGGAGAGGAGGAUUGGAAUAUGGAUCAUGUGACGAGGUAUGAGAUGGUUGCUAAGAGGAUUUGGUAAUAAUAUAGAGUGUGAUGAGCGUGUUUUAAAU